AUGGCCUCCUUUUUUCAGUUGCUUGCAGGACUCUUGGCUAUAACUUUCUCUGUUGCUCUAGCGGACCGCCAUCCCAUUAAUGAUUUCUGUGUUGCAGACAAUAAAAGCCCAGUGAGAGUGGAUGGUAUGGUAUGCAAGGACCCAAAACUGGUUCAAGACGAUGAUUUCUUCCACAGUGGACUACACAUACCAGGCAACACAUCAAACCAGCUUGGAUCAAAGGUGACUCUAGUAAAUAUUUUACACAUACCAGGACUCAACACUCUCGGCAUCUCAAUUGUUCGUAUUGACUAUGCACCUUAUGGUGUCAACAGUCUCCACACACACCGUGCCAGCGAGAUCUUGACGGUCCUGAAAGGCACCCUUGAAGUUGGAUUUGUCUCGUCUAAUCCCGAAAAUCGACUCUUCUCAAAGGUGCUAAAAAAGGGUGAUGUAUUUGUAUUCCCGACUGGUACCAUCCACUUCCAAAGAAAUCUGGGACGUAGGCCUGCUGUUGCCCUCGCCGCUCUCAACAGCCAAAACCCGGGUGUCACCACUAUUGGAAAUGCACUGUUUGGGUCUAAACCAAAAUUUAAUAGUGAUAUGAUGGCCAGGGCUUUCCAGACGGAUACCAAAGUUAUCAGCAACCUCCAGUCCAAAUUUUAG